UCCAGUCAUUCGUUUUGCGACGCGUUGUCUCGCCGGCCGGCUUCCGCUUCAUUCGCCCGGGCUCAUUCGUACCGCGUACGCUCCCCGUAGCACCCGAUAGCACAUUUUAACUACAGUCAUGACAGAAAGCACGGACACACCCGCGGCCGCAGCGGCAGAAAAGACCCCAACUGAGAAUGGAACCACUGAAACGCCACCAGAAGAGACGCCAGAAAAGGCCACAGAAGAAAAAGAAAAGGAGACCCCUCCGCCGAAGGAGAUGCGCGCCGUGGUCUUAACCGGAUUCGGUGGUCUUAAAACUGUCAAAAUUCUUAAGAAGCCAGAACCCACACCGGCCGAAGGCGAAGUUGUCAUUCGUGUAAAAGCUUGUGGCCUGAACUUCCAAGACCUGAUUGUGCGACAGGGUGCCAUCGACUCUCCGCCAAAAACCCCAUUCAUCCUUGGUUUUGAAUGUGCUGGAGAAGUCGAGCAGGUUGGCGAAGGCGUCACCAACUUCAAGGUUGGUGACCAAGUAGUCGCUCUUCCGGAGUACCGUGCCUGGGCAGAGCUGGUGGCUGUACCAGCACAGUAUGUGUACGCUCUGCCCUCGGGCAUGUCGGCCUUGGACGCCGUGGCCAUCACAACCAACUACGUGGUGGCUUAUCUGCUCCUCUUCGAGAUGGCCAACUUGACGCCUGGCAAGAGUCUUCUUGUCCACUCCGCUGGUGGUGGCGUGGGUCAAGCUGUAGCUCAACUGGCCAAGACCGUUGAAGAUGUUACCGUAUUUGGAGUUUGCUCAAAGAGCAAGCACGAAGCCCUCAAAGCGAACAACAACAACAUCGAUCAUUUACUUGAGAGAGGCAGCGACUACACCAGCGAAGUCAGGAAGAUUUGCCCUGAUGGUGUGGAUAUUGUUUUGGACUGCCUUUGCGGUGAAGAGUGCAACCGUGGUUACUCGCUUCUCAAGUCCAUGGGACGGUAUAUCUUAUACGGCUCAUCUAACAUCGUGACCGGCGAAACCAAGAGUUUCUUCAGUGCUGCGCGUGCGUGGUGGCAAGUGGACAAGGUGUCGCCAAUCAAGCUGUUUGAUGAGAACAAGAGCUUGGCGGGUUUGAACCUCCGACACCUGCUAUUCCAGCACGGCCGUGCUGACUACGUUCGUCGUGCUGUUGACCGUGUGUUCACACUCUGGGGAGAAGGAAAAGUCAAGCCAUUGGUUGACUCCACCUGGGCAUUGGAAGAUGUUGGUGAAGCGAUGCAAAAGAUGCACGACCGCAAGAACAUUGGCAAGCUUGUACUAGACCCGUCGCUUGAGCCCAAGCCGAAACCCGCUACUCCCGCUAAGGGCAAGUCCGGCAAGGAAAAGAAGCCAGCCAAAGAAAGCUCCGAGGAGAAGAAAGAAAAAGAGACUAAAGAGGAGGAGAAGAAGCCAGCGGAGAAUGGAGAAAAGAAUGGUGAGGAGGCCCUCACUAACGGUAACAGCGACGAAGAGUCCAAGGAUAAGGAGAAGGAAUCCAGCUGAAUUGUUUCCCCAGAAACCUGGACCAGAUAAACCACCGCCAAUUAAUUAUUUUAGUGUUGCUCGUUUUAGCGAUGCGCUUGCACACCGGCGCCACAAUAUUAUGUUGCCUUUUCAUUUUGAAGUCUGAGUAUAUACUAUCUUGCAACAUAAUCUGUGACUACGAGAUUUUCUUUAACUGACAAAGAUUUUUUUCUUCGAUAUAAAAAAAAAUGUGAAAAAAAAACAAAUUUUAUCAUUUAUUUUGUCACAUUAUGUUGCAAGAAGUCACUGACGUACAAUUUAAGUUUAUUUUUACACGUUUUUAUUAUUACGUAAUAAUUAACGGUACAGCGAAAUCAAUCGAUUUUCUAAUUUAAAUCAAAUUUAUUUUUAUAUUUCGUUUUAACUCUGGCCUACGUUAUUCGUUUUCAUCUCAUAGUUUUAACGUUAAUUUUAGGAGUUUCGUCAGCGGUUAUUUUGAAAGGCUAUUGUAUAAGAUGCAGAGAUGCUUAAUCUUUAUGUAUGUUAAGCUUUAAUAUUUUAUUAGUAAAUGUUUAAAAUUUGGCCCUGGUCCCUCUCGCCGGCCGCCCCUUCGUCGCGCUCUCGCUACUCUAGCUUUAGAAAAUCUCUUUAGAGCUUGUCUCCUCCCAGAUCAAAAACAAACCGUGAGUGAUAUUUUCUAAUAGGUCUAGUUUUGAGAGGCACACUGCCUAGCAUUUCCACUUUAAUAACAAAACAAACUUGGACAAUUAUAUUUUUAUACUGACUUUUGUAUAUUAUUUUCUAAAUAUUCAUUUUAGAGAGCAUAAUCAUACGACUACGGCUAGCGAGAUUACGACGAAUUUUCGUGUCUAUGUGUAAUGUAAAAUUCAAUGUACUCGGUGGCAUCAUUACUCAUACCUAAAUUAUAUUUUUAUAGACAAAGAGUCUAAAACUUCUAAGGCUUUCUAUGUAACACAAAUAUCACAUAUCUACACCCUCUCACGAUGUAUAUUAAUGUUUUGAUAACAAUAUUACUCUGCAUUUUUCGAUAUAACUAGUGUUUAAAACAUAUAUCUGGGAUAAGGUUAACCGGCAACAUGUACAGUAUAGAAUCGUACGCAGUACUAUAUCUUCGGUGUGACAUAUCAGAUGCAUUAUGAGAAAGGCUGAAAAGUAGUGUCCGGUCUCCGGAAUAAAACGUGGCUAUUCUAUUGCAUACUACUGGAACUGCUCAAUGUAACCUGCCAUCGCACUGACUAGGAAUUUUAUAAAUUUUUUACCCUUUUUGAAAAUUUAUGCGAGCCUAUUCGACCACGGUUUUAACUAAUCGUCACGGCGCCAUUGAAUAAUUUUAUUUGCAUCCAAUCCCAUGCCGUCGGUCGUAGAAGCUCGUGAGAUGGAAAGCAUCAGUAGCAAAACGUAGAUAGCUUUUAUAUUGUACGGUGGCUUGGUGCUAGUUUCGUAUGCGGAUACGACUCGCUUGUUUUUCGGACCAAAUCCUUAAAGCUAUAGUAUUCUUGUCACUUUGUCGCUUUAUGUGUCAAAUUCGUGCGAAUUUUUAAUGUAAACAUUAUAAAAGUUUGUGUAUAUCGACCUCUAUAAUGGUUUUCUAGAAUUAUCUUCUAUAAGAAUAUUUGUAACUCCACGCUUCUGGGGCGACCGCGUCUUUGUGAUUGUGUCCAAAUUGUUGUAGGUUAGUAUCUAAUUUGAUGCCAAUAUUAAUUGUAAAGAGCCGGUUCGGGUUGAUGCGGUCGCUCCAGACAAUAGGCUGGGUCUUUAUGUAUUACACAUUUAUUUUUGUAAGGGCGGGCCAGUGUGAUAUCUAAUAUGAAAUGGAUAAAUAAAUAUGUAUGAUCUGUAAAAAUGCUUA